AUGGACUCCAACACAGUGUCACCGAACUUGCUUGAGCUUACUCGAGCUCAUGUGGAAUCUUUUGACUACUUUUUAGACGAGGGGAAAAAUGCCAUAUUGAAGACGAUUCCCCCAAUGCACAUUAUCGACCCAGAGAAGAAUGAGAUCAUGACAGUAUCAAUCAAAACUAUUACCAUCGACAAACCCAUGUUCAACGGGAAACCCCUUUACCCAUUCAUGUGUCGUACUGCAGGCUUAAGUUAUUUGGGAGCCCUUCACAUCGUCUUUUCAGUCAUUCAAAAUGGUAUAGAGAAUGUGUUUAACGUCAAUGCUGGGGAAAUUCCAAUGAUGCUUUGCUCAGACAACUGUUGGUUAGGUACUGAUUUCAGAACACCACAAGACCGCAUUGAUAUUAGAGAAGACCCCCAUGAAAUUGGUGGCUAUUUCAUCAUCCACGGUGUCGAGAAGUACCUCAGAAUGAUCCUUUACGCCAAACCAAACCACCCAAUAGCUGUCGCACGUCCUUCAUGGGAAGGGAAAGGUGCUCAUUUUACGAAGUAUGGUGUAAUGAUUCGAUGUAUGAGGAAUGAUAUCACCACCUUGACGAAUACAAUGCAUUACUUAGACAAUGGGAAGGUCUGUGUCAGAUUCAUUUACAGGAAACAAGAGUUUUUCAUCCCCAUCAUCUUGUUAUUGAGGGUUUACACGGGGAUGUCUGAUCGAGAGAUAUUUGAGUUGGUGACUAUGGGGAAUAAAGAGAACUCCAAUUUGGUCAAUGCUGCCGAGCUUUUAGUGCGACGAGAGAGUGGCAGUAUCUUAAACACGUUGAACACAACAGAACAAAUUUUGGCAUUUAUUGGACAGAAAUUUAGGGUUGUGAUGGUGACGGGGGCUGAAUUGACUGAUGCACAAGCUGGGAAGUAUAUACUUGAUGAAUUCGUCUUUGUACAUUUAGACAGUUAUGCUCAGAAAGCUGAUUUGUCCAUUUUCAUGUUACAGAAACUCUUUGCCUUUGUCAAUGGAGAAAUCGAUGAAGAGUCUGUCGACACUCCAAUGACACAAUCGAUCUUGUUAGCUGGUCAUUUGUAUCAAACUGUUUUCAAAGAUGAGCUCAAUUCGUGUUUAAUGAGGAUCCGGAUGAUGGUUCUAAAAGACUGGCACAAUGAACGAAAGCGGUCGAAAUUGACUGAAAAGGGUGUUCAAUCGAGGAUCAUUGAAAGUGGUGCGAACGGCCUUUCGAAGAGGAUGCAAACAUUUAUUGCGACGGGUAACUUUGCGCCAACGGGGACAAACGAUUUGCAACAAGAGAAUGGCUUUUCUAUUACCGCAGAACGUCUGAACCACUCGAGAUUUUCAAGUCACUUUGUAUCCGUGCAUAGAGGUGCCUUCUAUACCACAAUGAAGACUACUGCUAUUAGAAAAUUAGUUCCUGAGUCGUGGGGAUUCAUGUGUCCCGUUCAUACGCCUGAUGGAGCUCCAUGUGGGUUGUUGAAUCAUCUUGCGUGCAGUUGUAGGAUUAAUGCUCGCUUCCAUCCUCUUCCCGAUGAGACGACUAUUCGACUUUGUACACAACUUGGGAUGAUCUCGUCACAAUUUAUGACGCUGCCAUCUAUUUAUAUUCCAGUCUUGAUGAAUGGGAAAGUUAUUGGAAAGGUAGCUCCUCAUGAUAUCAAUGCAUUUGUACAGAAAUUGCGAUAUGAAAGAGCAAUGAGCAACCCGAUGUUACCAAACACAUUGGAGAUUGGGUACUGUGACGGCUAUUUACACGACGGAUACCACGCGCUCUAUUUGAAUGAUAUGCCGGGCCAAAUGGUGCGACCUAUUCGCCAUCGAUUGACGGGGAAAACGGUGUAUAUUGGGCCAUACGAACAAGUCUUUUUGGACAUCAAGUGUGGGAAUGCCAUAGAAGGGAUGGACAAAUCGGAGUAUGAAGAGAUCUCCGAGAUGAAUUCAUUGUCAUUACUUGCGACAACGAUUCCGUUCUGCCACAUGAAUCAGUCACCAAGAAACAUGUAUCAGUGCCAAAUGGCCAAACAGACUAUGGGGUUCCCUAUGAUGGCGUAUAAGUACAGAUCGGACUCCAAAUUGUUACUCCUCCACUACCCACAACGGUCUUUGUGUCAAUGCACUUUAAUGGAACCGUUUGGAUUCAAUGAGUUGCCCACGGGUACUAAUGCUGUUGUUGCAGUCAUAUCAUACACUGGGUAUGAUAUGGAAGACGCUUUGAUCAUUAAGAAGACUUCAAUUGAGAGAGGGUUUGGGCAUGGGAGUCAGUACAAAGCGUAUAAAAUCGACCUUACUAAAGAACAAACACAGAUGAUAUCCGGGCUGAACCCUAAAGGGGAGUUGUAUGACGAACACUUGGACUUUGAUGGUCUUCCACGCCCUGGUGAGAUCUUUGAGAACUCGCCGAUCUAUUCUGAAAUUGAUAAGAUCACGGGAGUAGUCAAGACUAAGAAAUUGAUGGGAGAGAAAGGAUAUAUUGAGAGCGUCACUAUUGUGGGGAACGAUAAGAAGGAAGCGGGUCAACAACAAGCCGUUGUCCGAGUGAGAUACAACAGAACGCCAGUGAUUGGAGAUAAGUUCUCCUCAAGACAUGGACAGAAAGGAACGUUGUCUGUGCACUAUGCUGAAAAGGAUAUGCCAUUCACGGAGAGUGGAAUGACACCAGACAUUUUAAUUAAUCCGCACGCUUUCCCGUCUCGUAUGACGAUUGGAAUGUUGAUUGAAAGUAUGGCGUCGAAAGUCGGGGCUUUGAAAGGGGAAUAUCAAGAUGGUACGCCGUUCAAGUUUGAUGAGCAGAACAGAGCCGUUGAAUACUUUGGGAAACAACUGUUGAAAUAUGGAUACAACUACUACGGAAGUGAACCAAUGUAUUCGGGUAUCACAGGAACAGAAAUGCAGACAGAUAUCUAUAUUGGCGUUGUCUACUACCAACGACUUGUCCAUCAGGUGAAGGAUAAAUACCAAGUCAGAAGCACUGGACCAGUCAAUCCUUUGACACAACAGCCAGUUAAAGGAAGAAAGAGAGGUGGAGGAAUUAGACUCGGGGAGAUGGAGAGAGACUCGUUACUUGGACACGGAACAGCUGCGUUGGUUGAAGAUAGAUUCUUACAGUGCUCAGACAAGUCGUACCACUACGUCUGUAAAAAGUGUGGAUCAAUGGUCUCCAUCUAUAAAAACACGGAGUUGGAUAGAAUGGUAUGUGCGUCGUGUGGCCAAAAUAGCGCAAUCAAAAAGAUCCAAGUGCCUUAUGUCUUAAGGUACUUGGCUUCGGAACUUGGAGCAAUGAACGUCAGACUAAGGUUAAAGACUGCAAAUUGA